AUGUCAGACAAGCCUAACUCACCCCCUACCUUGAAAUGGGCGCUUGAUGGCCGUGAAAUCGAUAUCUUCAACCGAUCAGACAUCAAGGAAAUCCUGGGUAAUCCCAAAAAGGUGCUUGCCGCUAUUGACGAUUACCAUGACACCUUCAAACCUCAUGAACGUCGGCAAGAAAGAACAGAGGAAGGCAGUUCCUCAGCUUUGAAAAAGAAUCCGGAGAUGGUGGCCGUCGCGACCCAGCUUGUGGAUCUGGCAUGUCUGCGCGAUUACGUGCGUAUUGCUGUUGGGGCUAGCCACGAAGUCCUGAGGGAACUUGUUACCGAGACGAAGAAGAUUGAGACCGUGGAAAUGAUCUUUAUUGAUCACUGGCAAGACUUUUAUCGCCCUGACCUAUGGUUGCUCGAGGAGCUAGGGGCAUUGAAGCCCGGGAAGAGUGUGGUCUUGGCAGAUAAUAAGAAGCAGGAUAUUGUGAGCAAGUCGGCUGGCGGUUUCUUAAAACCGAAUCCUAAUUUGGUGUACGGGUCGCGCGUACAAGAGUUCCUGGACACCAAUUUUGGCCUGGAUGGAGUUGCAAUCACCUAUGUUAAGGAGACACAUGGUGCCUAA